GCCUAGUUUAAAGGUAUUGGAGAUUACUACUUAGAUUUUAAGGCAAUUUAAAUCUUUGCCUUUAAAUUUAAUGGACCUCUUCCACGAAAGGUAUGGUAGGGACAAGCACGUGCCCCCUGGCAUACAUUCUUUGUAAGAAGUGGCAGGUUUGGGAUCCCGUAUUUCCACAAGUUUGCAACGGAUUGUUAUGAAACUGCGCAUGUUUACUAUCUUCGGCAUGAUAAAUUGAUCUAUGGAGGUGCAUUUUAUUGUUAUUGUUUUUAUGAGAAAUAAGAAAGAUUGUUGAUAUCGCGUCACAUUGUUGAAGUGGUCCACUGUUUAACGUUAGUCUUGAAUGAACCGGCUUUAUUGCCGGCUGAACCUUGGUAGGCUUAACCUGCUUGUUAUAACCUAGUGGAACGCCACUUUUCUUAUCUGAUAAACCAAGUCUAAACAAGUGCAAUUGUCCGCAUUUAGUCCGUUCAGACGUAUUGUAAAUCUUCUGAAUUGCUGCACAAACCGGCUUUUAUUUUCUGUUGAAACGUAGCAUUAGCCCUCAUUGUUUUUUGUUAAACCUCAUGGAAGUCCUAUUUUCCUGUGAAAACCUAUUGUAAGCCCGCUGUAGUGUAUGGUACGACUCGUGUAAACCGUCUUAGUUGUGAGUGUGAACCUCGUGUAAACCUGGCUUCCUGCCCUUCUUAAUUCUCUAGUUGUUUCAAGUUGCCAGGCACCAAACUCUAUCAGUAUAUAACCUUGUAAAAAUAUUUCUGCUAGUCCAAGGGGAAAUGAAGCUUGCUGUUGAUUUUCUUGUUUAUCGUCUGUAGAUGAUACAUUGGAUGAAGGUCAAAACAGCCGUCCAGAGACAAGACAGUCCGAACGCUCUGUCUCACGCCAAUCUGGGCGAUCAUCCAUUGAGUUAGAUACUGCUCCCGCUUUAGAUUACGCUAAUCUGGAUCAGUCUGGAGCAGACGAUGAUGAAGCUGAUCCACAGCUCUCAGAUAAUGAAGUGGAUCAGUUUCUCCAGUCGCUUAAAGAGACAGAUGACCAGGAGUCCAGCUUUCAAGAGGCCGAGAUUCAGACUGAGACUCCAGCUACGUCCAGAACCGAGCGCACAGCAGGGAGUGUUCUGACGAGCUUCAGUGACAAGGUGUUAACUGAGAAGCUGGCUGAAGCCAUGGGAAUACAGAUCGACGGCUCCCCUCAGCCGUUACCUUCUGGUCCAACUCCAGUCAUGAACCUGAGCGAAGGACGAAUUCUUGUCGUGCAAGCUGAUGAUCCUAUGUUAGUCAAUAAACUUCGCGCCGCCGUCAAGAAAGGGUUAGUGGUGCUGGUCACCCACGUUGAAAGAAGACGUUGGGACAAAAUGCUGGAGUUGGUUCUUACUCGACAAACCUUCACUAACUCAGACGGAGUUCUCCAAGUGACUAUUGGCAAGACUACCGUGGAGUAUAACCCUUCAUUCUGCCUCUACCUUAGUUCGUCUCUGCCUCUCUUCAUGCCCGGAGAGGGACAGUGUCCGCUGCCCUUUUCCAAGACUUGCACCAUUAGCAUGGAAAUGAGCCGAGAGGGAAUCUGCGACAUGCUGUUGGCAGACACGUUGCGGCUUGAGAGACCCGAGUUUGAUGGACAGUUGAGAUCGAUUGAGAGGGAUGUUGGCCUCCACAAACAACAGAUUGAUCAUGCCAAGGAGUUUAUCCUUGAGAAGGUUCUUAGCCUCAGUGGUCCUCUGUUGAAAGACACUUCCAUGCUGGAUUCUGUCAUUAAGAGUAAAGAUGUCAUAUCCAUGGCAGAAGAGAGAUGCAGUGAGGCUGACACGAUGAAAACAGAGCUCUUAACGAAGCAGAGUGAUUUUCUUCCUGUGGCCCAACAUGGCGCGUUGCUAUUCUCGGUGAUGUGUGAACUGCAGAAGCUGCACCCAUACUAUCGCUUUCCACUGGACGCAUUCGUACAGCUCUUUCACGACACUGUAGCUGAGAGGAACCGAGGCAAGAAGAGCAGCGGUUCACCAGCCGCCAGAGCAGCAGAACUCGUCACCGCUUUGUUGAGGAAAAUCUUCGAGCGCACUUCUUGGAGUUUGUUCCAAAGUGAUAAUCACGUGUUUGCAUUUUUACUGGCUGUUGAGAAAAUGAUGAACAACGGUUCCGUCUCGUGCGAUGAAUGGCAGCUGUUUACCCAGUUACCCAACAACACCCAGGCUGAUCGCGUUCUAGAUAGCGAUACUCCACAGUGGGUCUCACAGCAGGUUUGGGAGUCAGCAGAUGAGCUGGAGCUUCUUCCAGUCUUCAGUGGUCUGAAGCAAUCUGUUAUGGAGCUGUCAGAUCUGUGGCGCGAGUACUUUAAUCUACCUCCAGUUCUCCUUGGUGUGACUCCUGGCGACUACGCGCAUCUGACUACCUUUCAGAAAGCGUUACUGUGGAAAACCUUUCAAAGAGACCAGUUGUUCCAGGUGUGUCAAGAUAUUGUCCUUUAUCAAAUGGGAGCCAGUAUGACUCGAUCAUCAGGAUACGACUUGCACCAAGUGUAUCCAGUCACUAACUCCUCCUGUCCUGUUAUAUUCUUACUGCCGUCACACGAAAUUCUCGCGCAAGGAGAGGCAAACGUGUUAAAAGACCCUGUAACUGAUGUCAUUAAUCUAGCCCGGGCGCACAGAAAGGACGAAAGUUUGCUCCAAAUGACUCUUGGCGAGAGUGUUAGCAUGAAGAAUGCUCUGACGGCCGUGAAACGAGGCAUGAAGACUGGCUGCUGGGUUAUUCUAGAAAACUGUCAUUUGGCGACCGGUUGGUCUGAAGAAUUCAUGCACGAGCUGGAGACAAUCGUGAAUAUGCGUGACACUGACAGCGAGAGUGACUCUCCCGGGCAAUAUGCGGAGAAUGGAAGCGACCAAAAGUCACGAAACGACGAGGCCGAAGAUGUUCUUAUCCACCCUGACUUCCGGCUAUGGUUGACUACUCAACCGGAAAUCGGUUUACCGUUACCCGCAGUUGUCAUACAGCAAGGACUCAAGUUGGCGUGUCAGGCGCAGGAGAAUUUCAGGGAGGCUGUGCAGACAAACUGUCGAGUUGCUGCAGGGUCUCUAAACAACUCCGUCCCUUUGUGGGGAGAAGCAGCAGAGAAAUCUGUUUUCAAGAGUGACGUUCAUCCGUACUUGAUUAAUGGACUGGCGUAUCUUCAUUCAGUCCUGCUCCAAAGACGAAAAUUCGGACAGAGUGCGUUCAGCUGCCCGUAUCAGUGGUCUCAAUCAGACUUGCUUGCUGGAUUAGAAGCAUUACGCCAUCUGUCACGUGUUUGUCGAUCCCCGUUAUCUCCAGCAGCAAUGGAAGCCAUGUUGGGAGAUGUUGCGUACGGGGGUCACGUGACAAAUGGUCUAGACUUACACGCUGUGAAGUCCUUGGCAAAGUUUGUUCCUUUUGAGCAUAUGGAGGUGGAUUCAGUGGAGAAGCUGCCCACAUACUCACUCAUAGAUACGUACGUGGACAGUUUACCAGAAGCUCUGUCGUGUCAAGAACUGGGUGUUACUGGUGUGUGUAAUGCUAGUUGCCAAUCAAAACUUAGCAGUGGCAUUGGAGACCGCUUGGCUAUUGGGACAGGGCGCCAACGUUCCUCUCUCUCAAUUGAAAACCAAGUCAGAGUUGUUGCUGGAGAAACGCGCAAUGAAAUCACAACUGUUAUGGAAUCAAUCAAGGCACAUGACCUUUCGCGCGAAGCAACAACAGCUGUUGUUGCUUUCAUUCAACGUGAACUUGUCUUCUUUCAAAAUCUCCUCGAGGAAGUAGUUAAGGAGAUUGAACUUCUCAUCAACGCUUGCAGUGGACACGUUGCUUUCACACCAGAUCUCUUCAACUUAGCCUCAGCGCUUGGUUCUCACCGUGCACCCUCCAAGUGGCUCGUUAAGAACUCCACAGAUGUCAGUCUUAGUGGAUGGUUGGUAGAUGCUAGAAGACAAGUGAAAGCCCUCAGUGGUUACUUGUCGACUUCGCCUCUACAGUCCUGUUCGUAUUGCCUUGGAGCGUUUGCGCACCCUCAAGCGUUUUUAGCUUGUGUUUUAAUGGAUCACGCACGUUCUACAAUGAAAUCUGUGUACGCUCUGGAGUUUUCAGUGGAGGUACUCCAUCCAAGUACUCUCCCCACAUCUCCCCCGGACCAUGGCGUCUUUCUCAGUGACUUGAAACUGACCGGUGCAUCAUGGGACGCUGACCGUGCUUGUAUCAUUGAACCAACUGAGUCACGUGACAUUUAUGAUCUCCCAAUCGUGUGGCUAAAGCCAGUAGAGGUCAUAAGGUCACGUGCGCCCUCAGCGAAAGUCGUGAAACAACAAAGUGAAAUGCCUUUGUUCGAUUGCCCUUUACUCUUUGGUGGAGACUGGGGCGGAGAUGUAACUACCCUGGUUACUAGUCUCCCGCUGCCGACUUCCGUCCCCGAGGGAACGCUCAAACAGCGAAGAGUUGCAGUCGUAUCUCUGUUAUUUUAAAACAAAUUAACUUAGUCUUCCUAUCAAGACCGGUUUUGUCUGCAUUUAUCCUAUUUCUUGGUAGAAUUUUAGCCAGGAAAAAAAAAAUUACUAGUGGCGUAUUGAACGAGUGAAACAUAAAAUCUAUUUAUUGUUUAUUUUAACUACGGUUUCCAUGACAUGUAAGUUAGUAAUGCAAUUGUCUUCUGUGGAAACUUUUUUUUUUUUUACAAAUUUAAUGAUUUCACAAUGUAAAAAGUACUAAGUUUAUCAUCAGUUUUCUAAACUGAUAUCGCCAUUUUAGUAACCACUCCAUGAUCAGUGAACCCAUUGAAAAUAAUCAUUGUGAGAAAUCUUUGAGGGAAUUAUGUAAAGAAUCAAAUUGCCUGCAAAUAAUUAAUACACGAGGAAAAAGUCUGCAGUCGCGUUGUAACAUAGUCUCCUAAUUUGUAAAUAAGAUAGGAUCUGUUUCUUGUUAGCAGGCUAGACAUAAAUUAUUUUCCUUAAAAUCAGCGUUGCUUUGGUUACUACGCGUACUUGCCAUCUUUCGCAUAAACCAGGAGCGGAUUUAGGGGGCGGUGGCUGGGUGGCUUAUCAUACUCCCCAGCCCCUUCCUCCCCCCCCCCAAUGGUCAGUUACCUCAUUGUAAUUCCUACUUUGUAGUAUUGUUAGUAUUUGUGGUCUAACAAUUUUAAUUAAGUUCUAAUUCUCGAAUUGAAACAUUUGGGGGGGGGGGGGCAUGUCCAAUUGAAUCUACAAACUCAAGGUACCAUCCAUCCCCCCCCCUCCCCCCAACUUGAAAAAUCCUGGAACAGCCCCUGUAAACGUCGCUCGACAGUUAUUGAAUCCAUUUUCAAACAUAGCUCUAAAGAAGGUUUGAUUUUACGCAUCACAAAAUGAUUAACUCAAACGGUUAACAAUCGUCUCGUAUAUAUUGUCAUGUGAACAGAAAAUGUGUCAGAUAGUCUUUAGAAUUUUUCCCUUAUUUCAGUUCCCACAGCGAGACCCUCGAAAAACCGUCUUCAGGUAUUCGGUCAACCAUUUAUGCUGUUUUUAUUCAUAGGAUAAUAGCCUUUAAAAACACGUGACGUAAGAAUUAAUGUUGAUCUCUCUAGAAUUGAAAAUGAUAAGCUACCCGUAACAAAAUUAUUUCAUUAGCGAAUUGGUGUCUGUUUCCAUCGAGAUGUCGAGAAAAGAUUUAUCAUUUUAUGUCGGCGCCACAUAAGCUUUGGAAAUUUGUUAAAUAUAAAAAUCGAUUCAAAUUCAGAAAUAGUGCUUACCAGUAGAGCAUUUCAAGAUAACCGGCUGUGUGAAAGGUUGCAAAAAUAACUUUACUUAUCUUGCUCAAUUCACUGAAACUAACGGCUUUUUUAAUGAUUUACGUAAACCGCAACACUUGUCAUUGCUAUGGAAUUAGCAGUGGGAACAAUCAACGACCUUUGACUUGUGACAGGUCUUGAUAUAUUUAAA